AUGCCAAUCCCUCUGAUCGGCGGUUUCUUCAGCUCCAAGGCCAGCGACUCCAGCAAGAUGUCAUACCCCGUCCAGAAGUCCGACGACGAGUGGCGCGCAGUGUUGAACAAAGAGCAAUUCCGCAUCCUCCGCGAGAAGGGCACCGAGCCGCCCGGGUCCGGCAAGUUUGACAAGCACUACCCGUCGGAGGGCGUGUACACAUGCGCCGGGUGCGACGCGCCGCUGUACAAGGCAUCGCACAAGUUCAGCAGCGGCUGCGGCUGGCCCGCCUACUUCGACAGCAUCCCCGGCGCCGUCAAGCGCUUCGAGGACACCAGCAUGUUCAUGAAGCGAAUCGAGAUCACGUGCGCCAACUGCGGCGGCCACCUCGGCCAUGUCUUCCAGGGCGAGGGUUUCCCCAACCCGACGGAUGAGCGCCACUGCGUCAACAGUGUGAGCUUGAAGUUCAGUCCCGAGGAUGCGCCGGUGCAGAAGGCUGCUGGUGGCGAGGAGAAGAAGGAGUAG